CAGCAGAGCUGUUCUGCUCAGGUGACCCAUUCCGCUGACGAAACGACGCCUUCCUCCCUCAAGAAACAUCCGCGAGAACAGUCCCCCCACUCUGGCCGAGAAAAGGACCGCACCACAAGGCAAUUCAAAAUUGCCGUAUACAGUAGUUCAAUCUUAACACGUCGCCGUUCCUUGGAGGCAAGACGCAAGACGUGAAUUCCAGGCGUGCAUGGAUGUUCCACGCCGUUUGGUUGGGCGCAUACUUUUCUAGGCAUUUUUUGCGAUCUUCCUUCCAUAUCCGGCGUCGCGUCCGGCCAGUGCCGAUCGUUCUCAAAGUCGCCUCACGACUGAGGCGGCGCUCGUGUCAACGGUACUUGACCACGGCUGUCCGAGAUGCUGCAACCUCUGCGCCCGCCUGUCCGCGACUACACGCGCCUUCCGCGCGCUGUGCCCGCACCUCAAGCAUCUCUUCAAGGCCCACGUCGCGCCGCAAUUUUCAUGGGCACGGCUGCUGAAGAGAUGGUGGCCUUUGCGCCCGUUGCCGGCACUGCGUCGCUCCCUCUUCGCCGUGCGUCCAUCCAGCGUCGUACAGCCUGUGAUGCAAACAUGCUUUUAGGCCGAUUUGGAGGUCGGGGUUUUGUGGGCAUAGUCGCUGUGUGCGUCUGCCUCAUGCUCGGCGCCCUGCUGCACACUCGUGCUGUCAUGCCACAGCGCCUCGAUAUCAUGACGCAGAUCCAGCAGUCGUCCGCACUGCGCUUGACGCUGCACGCAAAGCGAAAGUCCAUGGUGCUCAACGGCCUCGGUUCCGCGACCAUCUACGUCGUGCCCCACGGGCGCAGCGGAGGUAGCUUUGACGCUGUCCUCACCCAAGCCGGCGUCAACGUGACUGAGACUUACUUACUCGUCAACGACCGGGCUUACUACAUUGUGAGCCAUGCUAACGCCGUCGUCUCGGUCAACUGCCUCGACCCGUCGCAGUUGCCGCCAUUGCAUUCGAUGCAAGUGAGUUUGAACGAAGCGACAAUCGUCGACGCGGUCGAGAUGGCGUCUCCAACGAUCUCGCCUGGCGACUGCCUCGGUGGCAAGUGGCUGCAGCUGCGCUUUGCGGGCGAAACAUUUGUCUUCUGCAAGUCGCCGACACAUAUGCUUACGCACGCCAUCAGCGAAGACUUGGACAUGACGAUCGAGUACAUUUCAGACCCUUCUCAGAUCCCGUCGCUGGCUGUGCCGCCACCGCCCAACGAAUCGUUGCUCGAGUGUCCGUUGCUGUCUGGCUACAGCCGCCUCCCGACGCUGCCAGCGGCGCUGCAGUCACCUGCGGCGCUCAACGAUCUUCCUGUCGAGCCGCGCAUUGCUCGUCUCGGCGCCGCCUCGUGCCAGUGCAAGCUCGCACAAAAGAAACCGUGUCUCUUUGUCCACGGCCUCGGCAAGCCGUUCGCGUCUGAUCCGACCAACUCGGACGGGCUCGAGUGGGGCUCCAUCCAGAACCACGCGCCGUGCUGCUCGUCGACCACAUUCGUGCACUUUGAAACGUGGAAGCAUGGCUGGAACAACGACGAGAUCCAGAACCAGUUCUGCGACACAGCCCGGCGCGCGAGCCUCUCCAGCUCGACGACAAUCCAAGAUCUCAUCCUGGUGACAUACUCGAUGGGCAACCUAGUGGCGGGUGGUGCCGUUGCGACCGGGAAAUGUAGUUUCGGCAGCGGCAUUUCCUGGAUCUCGAUCGCAGGUCCAAUGCAAGGGAGCAAGACCGCCAACCUCCUUGAGCGCAAAUGCAAAGAGGGCGGCUGGAACAUCCCGCUGAAAGGCCUCUUGGAGCUCAUCACACUCUGUCCCAUGACCGACGCUUUAAAGUCGCUCAAGGACAUGUCCACGGUCGACGCAACACUGCAAGCUUCGUAUCGAGCUGCCCAAGUCAUUCGCGCCAAGUACGCGACGAAGCUUCUCUGCGGCAGCAGCCCGUUCGGGUUGGUGUCAGUGUACGCGCCUGUGUUGAGCCUUGUCAGCAAGCUCACACACCACGACGAUGUCAAUGACGGCGUCGUCGCCUUCUCGAGCUGCGCUGCGGGGUUCUCCAAAUCUUCAUUCUCGACCAACUUUGCCGACGAUGGCAACUACCUCGCGAGUGUCAACCACCUCGAUAACUCGUUUCGCCUCGGCGAUGGCUGGUGGGGCGCCGACCGCAAGCCCACAAAGUGGUUCGAAUGCGCCCUAUAGAAUGGCUGUGUUUAUGGUUCAACAAGCGACAGCCUUUCUUAUAAUCAUGAUUUCAAUCCUCAACAAUCAAGAUGUUGAUUUAGAGAAGGUUUUAAGCUCUGGAUCAAUACUGUGUUAGCCCCGUGUGAAAGUAAGCCACUGGUAUUUGCA